AUGAAGAUCCCCGUGUUUGUGGUACUACUUGGUGUACUUAGUACCAACGGACUUCCGUUGGACACUAACGUAAAUGUUCAACAAAACAGUGGAGACGGUGCAACGCAAAUCGAAGUGACAGGGGACAAUAUAGCCAGUAUUCUUGAAGAAAUGAUCAAACGCUUAAGUGUAAAACUCAAUAUGCAGAUAACCAGUAAUAACCCAUCAUCACUAAACGUAGAAAUAGUGAUUGAUGCAAAUGUUGUGGUAAAAAUACUACAAGAGUUCCAGAAAGAAAGCUGCGGCAGCGGUAAAGAAGAUACCGAUGUUUGCAAACAAGCCAAGAUUGCAGAAGGAUUGGUACAAGAGAAGAUAAACAGAAAUGGUGCUACAGAUAAACAAAAGGACGCAGAACUGAAAAAAGUGCUUGAUACACUGCAAGUUACUAUUCAAAAACAGAUUGAAAUUAACAACAGCGGUCAAGGUAACAGUAAUAACAACAAUCAAAACGAUGAAGAAAGUCUAUCGACCUUAUUAAUUACUAUUAUGGAUGGAAUUGAACAACAGAAGAAAGAUGGUAAUAAACAAAAUCCUGCUGUAGCUGCCAAAAUAUUGAGUUCUGUAGAUAAAGCGAUACCUGCUAUUACUGAAGUUAUCAAUAAGAAAUGCAAAACAAACGAUAAUAAUUCUGAUAAGAAGAAUAAACAAAAUUGUGAUAGCUUAAGAAGAGUUCUUGUUUUAUUGGAAAACAAGAAAAACAGGAAAGGACAAUACAAUGAAAAAGAAGAUAAUGAAUUAUCUGGAAAUAUCCGAGUCGUAAUUACCAUCGUAAAAGGAGGAAAUGGAGAUGGAAAUUCUAAUAAUGAUAAAGAAUCUUUGGAGAAAUUAUUAGUUACAAUUGCCGAAGGAAUUGAACAACAGAAGAAAGAUGGUAAUAAACAAAAUCCUGCUGUAGCUGCCAAAAUAUUGGGUUCUGUAGAUAAAGCGAUACCUGCUAUUACUGAAGUUAUCAAUAAGAAAUGCAAAACAAACGAUAAUAAUUCUGAUAAGAAGAAUAAACAAAAUUGUGAUAGCUUAAGAAGAGUUCUUGUUUUAUUGGAAAACAAGAAAAACAGGAAAGGACAAUACAAUGAAAAAGAAGAUAAUGAAUUAUCUGGAAAUAUCCGAAUCGUAAUUACCAUCAUAAAAGGAGGAAAUGGAGAUGGAAAUUCUAAUAAUGAUAAAGACUCUUUAGAGAAAUUAUUAGUUACAAUUGCCGAAGGAAUUGAACAACAGAAGAAAGAUGGUAAUAAACAAAAUCCUGAUGUAGCUGCCAAAAUAUUGGGUUCUGUAGAUAAAGCGAUUCCUGCUAUUACUGAAGUUAUCAAUAAGAAAUGCAAAACAAACGAUAAUAAUUCUGAUAAGAAGAAUAAACAAAAUUGUGAUAGCUUAAGAAGAGUUCUUGUUUUAUUGGAAAACAAGAAAAACAGGAAAGGACAAUACAAUGAAAAAGAAGAUAAUGAAUUAUCUGGAAAUAUCCGAAUCGUAAUUACCAUCAUAAAAGGAGGAAAUGGAGAUGGAAAUUCUAAUAAUGAUAAAGACUCUUUAGAGAAAUUAUUAGUUACAAUUGCCGAAGGAAUUGAACAACAGAAGAAAGAUGGUAAUAAACAAAAUCCUGAUGUAGCUGCCAAAAUAUUGGGUUCUGUAGAUAAAGCGAUACCUGCUAUUACUGAAGUUAUCAAUAAGAAAUGCAAAACAAACGAUAAUAAUUCUGAUAAGAAGAAUAAACAAAAUUGUGAUAGCUUAAGAAGAGUUCUUGUUUUAUUGGAAAACAAGAAAAACAGAAAAGGACAAUACAAUGAAAAAGAAGAUAAUGAAUUAUCUGGAAAUAUCCGAAUCGUAAUUACCAUCAUAAAAGGAGGAAAUGGAGAUGGAAAUUCUAAUAAUGAUAAAGACUCUUUAGAGAAAUUAUUAGUUACAAUUGCCGAAGGAAUUGAACAACAGAAGAAAGAUGGUAAUAAACAAAAUCCUGAUGUAGCUGCCAAAAUAUUGGGUUCUGUAGAUAAAGCGAUUCCUGCUAUUACUGAAGUUAUCAAUAAGAAAUGCAAAACAAACGAUAAUAAUUCUGAUAAGAAGAAUAAACAAAAUUGUGAUAGCUUAAGAAGAGUUCUUGUUUUAUUGGAAAACAAGAAAAACAGGAAAGGACAAUACAAUGAAAAAGAAGAUAAUGAAUUAUCUGGAAAUAUCCGAAUCGUAAUUACCAUCAUAAAAGGAGGAAAUGGAGAUGGAAAUUCUAAUAAUGAUAAAGACUCUUUAGAGAAAUUAUUAGUUACAAUUGCCGAAGGAAUUGAACAACAGAAGAAAGAUGGUAAUAAACAAAAUCCUGAUGUAGCUGCCAAAAUAUUGGGUUCUGUAGAUAAAGCGAUACCUGCUAUUACUGAAGUUAUCAAUAAGAAAUGCAAAACAAACGAUAAUAAUUCUGAUAAGAAGAAUAAACAAAAUUGUGAUAGCUUAAGAAGAGUUCUUGUUUUAUUGGAAAACAAGAAAAACAGGAAAGGACAAUACAAUGAAAAAGAAGAUAAUGAAUUAUCUGGAAAUAUCCGAAUCGUAAUUACCAUCAUAAAAGGAGGAAAUGGAGAUGGAAAUUCUAAUAAUGAUAAAGACUCUUUAGAGAAAUUAUUAGUUACAAUUGCCGAAGGAAUUGAACAACAGAAGAAAGAUGGUAAUAAACAAAAUCCUGAUGUAGCUGCCAAAAUAUUGGGUUCUGUAGAUAAAGCGAUACCUGCUAUUACUGAAGUUAUCAAUAAGAAAUGCAAAACAAACGAUAAUAAUUCUGAUAAGAAGAAUAAACAAAAUUGUGAUAGCUUAAGAAGAGUUCUUGUUUUAUUGGAAAACAAGAAAAACAGGAAAGGACAAUACAAUGAAAAAGAAGAUAAUGAAUUAUCUGGAAAUAUCCGAAUCGUAAUUACCAUCAUAAAAGGAGGAAAUGGAGAUGGAAAUUCUAAUAAUGAUAAAGACUCUUUAGAGAAAUUAUUAGUUACAAUUGCCGAAGGAAUUGAACAACAGAAGAAAGAUGGUAAUAAACAAAAUCCUGAUGUAGCUGCCAAAAUAUUGGGUUCUGUAGAUAAAGCGAUUCCUGCUAUUACUGAAGUUAUCAAUAAGAAAUGCAAAACAAACGAUAAUAAUUCUGAUAAGAAGAAUAAACAAAAUUGUGAUAGCUUAAGAAGAGUUCUUGUUUUAUUGGAAAACAAGAAAAACAGGAAAGGACAAUACAAUGAAAAAGAAGAUAAUGAAUUAUCUGGAAAUAUCCGAAUCGUAAUUACCAUCAUAAAAGGAGGAAAUGGAGAUGGAAAUUCUAAUAAUGAUAAAGACUCUUUAGAGAAAUUAUUAGUUACAAUUGCCGAAGGAAUUGAACAACAGAAGAAAGAUGGUAAUAAACAAAAUCCUGCUGUAGCUGCCAAAAUAUUGGGUUCUGUAGAUAAAGCGAUACCUGCUAUUACUGAAGUUAUCAAUAAGAAAUGCAAAACAAACGAUAAUAAUUCUGAUAAGAAGAAUAAACAAAAUUGUGAUAGCUUAAGAAGAGUUCUUGUUUUAUUGGAAAACAAGAAAAACAGGAAAGGACAAUACAAUGAAAAAGAAGAUAAUGAAUUAUCUGGAAAUAUCCGAAUCGUAAUUACCAUCAUAAAAGGAGGAAAUGGAGAUGGAAAUUCUAAUAAUGAUAAAGACUCUUUAGAGAAAUUAUUAGUUACAAUUGCCGAAGGAAUUGAACAACAGAAGAAAGAUGGUAAUAAACAAAAUCCUGAUGUAGCUGCCAAAAUAUUGGGUUCUGUAGAUAAAGCGAUUCCUGCUAUUACUGAAGUUAUCAAUAAGAAAUGCAAAACAAACGAUAAUAAUUCUGAUAAGAAGAAUAAACAAAAUUGUGAUAGCUUAAGAAGAGUUCUUGUUUUAUUGGAAAACAAGAAAAACAGGAAAGGACAAUACAAUGAAAAAGAAGAUAAUGAAUUAUCUGGAAAUAUCCGAAUCGUAAUUACCAUCAUAAAAGGAGGAAAUGGAGAUGGAAAUUCUAAUAAUGAUAAAGACUCUUUAGAGAAAUUAUUAGUUACAAUUGCCGAAGGAAUUGAACAACAGAAGAAAGAUGGUAAUAAACAAAAUCCUGCUGUAGCUGCCAAAAUAUUGGGUUCUGUAGAUAAAGCGAUACCUGCUAUUACUGAAGUUAUCAAUAAGAAAUGCAAAACAAACGAUAAUAAUUCUGAUAAGAAGAAUAAACAAAAUUGUGAUAGCUUAAGAAGAGUUCUUGUUUUAUUGGAAAACAAGAAAAACAGGAAAGGACAAUACAAUGAAAAAGAAGAUAAUGAAUUAUCUGGAAAUAUCCGAAUCGUAAUUACCAUCAUAAAAGGAGGAAAUGGAGAUGGAAAUUCUAAUAAUGAUAAAGACUCUUUAGAGAAAUUAUUAGUUACAAUUGCCGAAGGAAUUGAACAACAGAAGAAAGAUGGUAAUAAACAAAAUCCUGAUGUAGCUGCCAAAAUAUUGGGUUCUGUAGAUAAAGCGAUUCCUGCUAUUACUGAAGUUAUCAAUAAGAAAUGCAAAACAAACGAUAAUAAUUCUGAUAAGAAGAAUAAACAAAAUUGUGAUAGCUUAAGAAGAGUUCUUGUUUUAUUGGAAAACAAGAAAAACAGGAAAGGACAAUACAAUGAAAAAGAAGAUAAUGAAUUAUCUGGAAAUAUCCGAAUCGUAAUUACCAUCAUAAAAGGAGGAAAUGGAGAUGGAAAUUCUAAUAAUGAUAAAGACUCUUUAGAGAAAUUAUUAGUUACAAUUGCCGAAGGAAUUGAACAACAGAAGAAAGAUGGUAAUAAACAAAAUCCUGCUGUAGCUGCCAAAAUAUUGGGUUCUGUAGAUAAAGCGAUACCUGCUAUUACUGAAGUUAUCAAUAAGAAAUGCAAAACAAACGAUAAUAAUUCUGAUAAGAAGAAUAAACAAAAUUGUGAUAGCUUAAGAAGAGUUCUUGUUUUAUUGGAAAACAAGAAAAACAGGAAAGGACAAUACAAUGAAAAAGAAGAUAAUGAAUUAUCUGGAAAUAUCCGAAUCGUAAUUACCAUCAUAAAAGGAGGAAAUGGAGAUGGAAAUUCUAAUAAUGAUAAAGACUCUUUAGAGAAAUUAUUAGUUACAAUUGCCGAAGGAAUUGAACAACAGAAGAAAGAUGGUAAUAAACAAAAUCCUGAUGUAGCUGCCAAAAUAUUGGGUUCUGUAGAUAAAGCGAUUCCUGCUAUUACUGAAGUUAUCAAUAAGAAAUGCAAAACAAACGAUAAUAAUUCUGAUAAGAAGAAUAAACAAAAUUGUGAUAGCUUAAGAAGAGUUCUUGUUUUAUUGGAAAACAAGAAAAACAGGAAAGGACAAUACAAUGAAAAAGAAGAUAAUGAAUUAUCUGGAAAUAUCCGAAUCGUAAUUACCAUCAUAAAAGGAGGAAAUGGAGAUGGAAAUUCUAAUAAUGAUAAAGACUCUUUAGAGAAAUUAUUAGUUACAAUUGCCGAAGGAAUUGAACAACAGAAGAAAGAUGGUAAUAAACAAAAUCCUGAUGUAGCUGCCAAAAUAUUGGGUUCUGUAGAUAAAGCGAUUCCUGCUAUUACUGAAAUUAUCAAUAAGAAAUGCAAAACAAACGAUAAUAAUUCUGAUAAGAAGAAUAAACAAAAUUGUGAUAGCUUAAGAAGAGUUCUUGUUUUAUUGGAAAACAAGAAAAACAGGAAAGGACAAUACAAUGAAAAAGAAGAUAAUGAAUUAUCUGGAAAUAUCCGAAUCGUAAUUACCAUCAUAAAAGGAGGAAAUGGAGAUGGAAAUUCUAAUAAUGAUAAAGACUCUUUAGAGAAAUUAUUAGUUACAAUUGCCGAAGGAAUUGAACAACAGAAGAAAGAUGGUAAUAAACAAAAUCCUGAUGUAGCUGCCAAAAUAUUGGGUUCUGUAGAUAAAGCGAUUCCUGCUAUUACUGAAGUUAUCAAUAAGAAAUGCAAAACAAACGAUAAUAAUUCUGAUAAGAAGAAUAAACAAAAUUGUGAUAGCUUAAGAAGAGUUCUUGUUUUAUUGGAAAACAAGAAAAACAGGAAAGGACAAUACAAUGAAAAAGAAGAUAAUGAAUUAUCUGGAAAUAUACGAAUUGUAAUUACCAUCAUAAAAGGAGGAAAUGGAGAUGGAAAUUCUAAUAAUGAUAAAGACUCUUUAGAGAAAUUAUUAGUUACAAUUGCCGAAGGAAUUGAACAACAGAAGAAAGAUGGUAAUAAACAAAAUCCUGCUGUAGCUGCCAAAAUAUUGGGUUCUGUAGAUAAAGCGAUUCCUGCUAUUACUGAAGUUAUCAAUAAGAAAUGCAAAACAAACGAUAAUAAUUCUGAUAAGAAGAAUAAACAAAAUUGUGAUAGCUUAAGAAGAGUUCUUGUUUUAUUGGAAAACAAGAAAAACAGGAAAGGACAAUACAAUGAAAAAGAAGAUAAUGAAUUAUCUGGAAAUAUCCGAAUCGUAAUUACCAUCGUAAAAGGAGGAAAUGGAGAUGGAAAUUCUAAUAAUGAUAAAGAAUCUUUGGAGAAAUUAUUAGUUACAAUUGCCGAAGGUAUUGAACAACAGAAAAAAGAUGGUGAUAAACAAAAUCCUGCUGUUGCUGCCAAAAUAUUGGGUUCUGUAGAUAAAGCGAUACCUGCUAUUACUGAAGUUAUCAAUAAGAAAUGCAAAACAAACGAUAAUAAUUCUGAUAAGAAGAAUAAACAAAAUUGUGAUAGCUUAAGAAGAGUUCUUGUUUUAUUGGAAAACAAGAAAAACAGGAAAGGACAAUACAAUGAAAAAGAAGAUAAUGAAUUACCUGGAAAUAUCCGAAUCGUAAUUACCAUCAUAAAAGGAGGAAAUGGAGAUAAAGAUAAUAACAACGCCGGCCAAAAUAAUCUACAUGAAAUUCCAGUAGCUCUAACAACUAUCAAAGAUCUGAUUAGAAAGCAACAAAGAGGCGACCGAUCGGAAGAAACUUCUUUAAAACUAUUAAUCGAAACGAAACAUGCCAUUACUAUAAUAGAGAAGUACAUUAAGAGCAAUUGCGUCGAAGGCGUCGCAUCCAGCAACCCGAAAAAUAACCGCAAAUCUUGCACUCAACUCAAACGACUCCUAAUUUCUCUACGGGAAAACCAAAACCGAGGAGGAAGAUACAACGAAUCCGAAGAUAGGCGACUCAUCAACAACAUCGACCGCGUAAACACCACCAUACGCAACAACAACACCGAAAACCUCAGCCAGAUUUUGAGAAAAAUCAGCGGCGAUCUGAAGACUCGAUUGUUCCAUCCCGAUGCUUUGGCUGCAUCCGAAUUAAACGAAGAUAUUCGCGUCGCCUUACACAAGAUCAAGAGGGAGAAACUCCGCAGAUGCGAAAUUAAUGAUGACGAUGAUGACGAUGAUUCUUCAGGUGAUUCAUCGGACGAGGAUUGUACGGACUCUUCGGAAGACAGCGGAGAGAAUGAACGCAAACAUGACGGUCGCAGAAGAGAGAAGAAACGUUGCAAACAGUCCAAAUACUGCAGAGAACUUAAAAAAGUUGACGGGGGACUCGAGAAGAAGUUAAGGGAACACGGAAAAAUUCGCAAAUGCGACGAUGUCAAAUUAAUUGACAAUAUCGAUGGUUUAUUGAGAAUCGAUUAG